GCGCCUCCCGUCCUGCCCCACCCCCCUCGUUUUCCGGCUGCUCCACGCCCCGGCCCCCGCCCCGUCCCCCGCUCUCCGGGCUGCGCCCCGUGGCGGGGCAGAGACUCGCGUGUCCGGGCUUGGUGCGAACCCGGCGCUGGAGGCUCUGCCGGGCCGGAGCCGGAGGCCCCUCUCCAGGGCACCCCGAGCUCCCCAUGGCCCAGGUGCAGCCAGUCCAGGGCCUGACCCCCGACAUGGUCACUCGCUGCGAGCUGGUGGCCGUCCGGGGGGUCCCGCUGCCCAGUGACACGGCGGAGCUGUGGGGGCAGAUAUGGGGCUUCCAGGCCCGGCCUGACGAUCUCCUCAUCUGCACCUACCCCAAGGCAGGCACCACAUGGAUUCAGGAGAUCGUGGACAUGAUCCAGCAGGACGGGGACCCCCAGAAGUGCUGCCGCGCCCCCAUUUACGAGCGCAUCCCCUUCCUGGAGCUCUGCCCACCCCGCCCCCUCCCACGUGGGUUUGAAGAGGCUGCGGCGAUGCCCCCCCCACGGACCCUGAAAACCCACCUGCCCCUGGAGCUAGUGCCCCCCUCCUUCUGGGAGCAGGACUGUAAGGUGAUCUACGUGGCGCGGAACCCCAAGGACAACGCCGUCUCCUAUUUCCAUUUCCAGCGGAUGAACCAGAGUCUCCCGGCCCCGGGCCGCUGGGACCAGUAUCUACAGACCUUUGUGGCUGGGGGGGUGCCUUGGGGCUCCUGGUUCGACCACGUCCGCGCCUGGUGGGACGCGAGGGACGAACACCGAAUCCUCUACCUCUUCUACGAGGAUAUCAAGCAGGACCUGAGAGGUGAGAUCCAGAAGGUGGGUCGGUUCCUGGGCCGGGAGCUGCCGGAGCCGGUUCUGGAGACGAUCGUCGAGCGCACGUCGUUCGAGAGCAUGAGGGAGAACCCCAUGGCCAACUACAGCACGCUGCCCCCCUUCGUGUUCGACCAUGCGGUGUCCCCCUUCAUGCGCAAAGGCACAGUGGGCGACUGGACGACCCAGUUCACGGUGGCGCAGAGCGAGUGGUUCGAUGCCGAAUGGGCCCAGCGGAUGGAGGGGAGCGACCUGCGUUUCUGCACCCGGCUCUGAGGGGACAGCAGGGCCCCCGAGCCCCCGGCCUGGCCCCCGACCCGGCCCCUGAGCUCCCGGCCGGCCCCUCCCCAGUGGCUCACGCUGCGGUUUCCGAGCUGCACAUCGGGGCCCCCUGGGGCCGGGUUCGCUGGGGUUGGGCCGGUUGUUGGGGACUGGGGGGGCCGAGGUUGGGGCUCCCCUGGAAUAAACCAUUGCACAGAA